ACUCCACACUACAAGAAUUAAAAAUACUGAGUAAUAAUUACAAAAUCUUAUCGCUUCGUAUACUUUCUUCUGCAUGUCCAACUCCUAAGUUCCAGCAAUUUUUUCAAUGGCGGAUGAAAGUGAAACGACCAGGAAAAUCUCAGCUUCUUCUGCAAGAGCUCACACUCGCAAACCUAAAUCCAACUCUCCUUCAAAAAGUUCAGGGAUUUUCAAGAAACUUGUAUUGGUUUUCUUUGUGGGGAUCUUGGGUUGGGCUUAUCAGGCAACGAAGCCUCCCCCGCCGAAGAUCUGUGGCUCGAAAGACGGGCCUCCGGUUACAGCUACAAGAAUACAGCUCAAGGAUGGAAGGCACUUGGCCUACAACGAAUUUGGGGUACAAAAGGAUAAUGCGAAGCACAAGAUCGUGCUUGUCCAUGGCUUCGGUGCUUGCAGGCAUGACAUGUCUCUUAUAACUGCAGGGCUCUCCCCGGAUAUUGUUGAAAGCCGAGGGAUUUAUAUUGUUUCGUUUGAUCGGCCUGGUUAUGGAGAGAGUGAUCCUAACCCUUCCGCGACACUUAGAAGCAUUUCUUCUGACAUCGAGGAGCUUGCUGAUCAGUUGGCUUUAGGAUCCAAAUUUUACGUUGCUGGAUUAUCCUUGGGUGGGGAGAUUGUGUGGACCUGCCUCAAGUACAUUCCUCACAGGUUGGCAGGAGUGGCUCUGGUUGCACCAGUGGUGAAUUAUUGGUGGAAAGGUAUUCCUUCGAACCUCACUGCAGAAGCAUAUAAGCAGCUUCUUCCUCAGGACCAAUGGGGGCUUCGUGUAGCUCACUAUGCACCGUGGCUUAACUACUGGUGGAACACCCAAAAGCUGUUUCCUGGUGUGAGUCUUAUCAGUCUCAGCCCCAAAAUUUUCUCUCGUCAAGAUGCAGAACUAAUGCCAAGGUUGCUCUCUUUACGACAGGAGUAUGUGGCUCAGGUAAGGCAGCAGGGUGACUUCGAGUCUGUUCACCGUGAUCUGGCAUUCGCCUUUGGGAAGUGGGAAUUUGACCCAACGGAGGUGAGAAACCCCUUUCCAGAAGGCGAAGGCUCAGUUCACCUGUGGCAGGGUGAUGAGGAUCGCAUCGUCCCUGCCAUACUGCAGCGUGAGAUCGUCCACCGGCUGCCAUGGAUUCACUACCACGAGCUACGUGGCGCAGGCCACAUGUUUCUAUUAGCUGAUGGAAUAGCUGAUGCAGUCAUACAAGCACUUGUUUCUUAAGGUGCUUGCAUUAGAUCACACUUUGAUAACAUUGUGGGGUUGUCUCGUCUAAUUUUGCAAGUGUUUUGUUUCAAAUCUUGUUGUUUUCUUCAGGGUGAGCGUAACUAGUAUGUAUGUCUUGUUUUUACGUAUGCAAAAAUGUGUCAAUUGAUAUAUGAAAAUAUAUGUAUUGUGUUUUUAUUUUAUGA